AUGGAAGCCUCCAUGCAAAGGAGCAUAAAUCUCUUCACUUCCGGCUACGCCAACUUCGGACUGAUCAUCAACCCCGAGAAGACGGUGAUCACGCAUCAACCGGCGCAGGACACGGAUUACAGAGAAGCCUACAUCAACAUCAGGGUAACUUAAAUCGCCAAAAUGGACAAAUUCGCAUAUCUAGGCAAUAUAAUUUCACGAAAUAUCAGGAUAGACGAAAGAGUAGCCCAGAAAGUCUCAACCGCCAGCCAGGCCUUUGGCCGCCUACCUAUCUCCGUCUGGAAUCGUCCGGGAUUUUGACAGAACAACAAUCUCAAGAUGUGCAGGACGUUAGUGCUGAUGAAGUUACUCAUAGUGACGGGUACCUGGGCCGUCUACGUGAACUCAUCCAACUUGCUGAACCCCUUCCACCUCAGCCGCCUCCACAGAAUGCUAAAGUUGAGAUGGCAGGACUGGAUUCCGGACAUGGAAAUCCUCCAACUGACCGGAAUCCUUAACGUCCACGCCAUGUUGAGGCAACCGCAGACGCGCUCGAGCGGCCACCUCGAUAGGAUGGUUGACGAGCAUGUACGCAAGCGACUCUCCUACAGCGACGUCGCUACAGGUGCCCUCCGACAUGGAGGGAAAAUAAAUCGGGACACAUCAGAUAACAUAGCCCAGGCUCGAUCAGGCCAAAAAGAUGGAAAAAAACUGGAGUAACAGUUUUCAAAUCCAAUUGAUUUGUCGCCAUCAACAUCAAAAGAGAUGCUCACAGGUUGCAAAAGCCGCAGACCCUAAACCCCAACACUCCCCCACCUCAAACAUGUCGACGCUGACGCCAGGUAUUCCGCGCAUAAUGGUAGGGGACCCUCACCGAUCGUUCCUACGGAACUCACUUGUUCCGUUGUGCCUUACGGGCUCUCUCUCGAGCCCAACCAGCAGCCUCACAGCGACGCAUGAUGUAGACAGUAUAUUAGUGCCGGCAUGCGCCGCUGUGCGACUGCUGUUUGGGCUCGAGAGAGAGCCCGUAAGGUACAACGGAACGAGUGAGUUCCGUAAGAACGAUCGGUGAACGUCCCCUACCAUUGUGUAUUCCUGAUCGAAAUCGACAGGGCAACGGGUUCGUGCCCCGAUGGUUAGAGGCGUGGACUUCUAUUUAACAGGUCGCGAGUUCGAGCCUCGGGUGAUCCACACUUCGGGGUAGGGUCUGACUGGCUACAAGUCUCCCUUAUCUUUGUCGAUAAUAACAUAUUCCGCGCAUAGUUCGGCCUAGUCGGACAUCUCCGGACCCAAUGCAAUAAUAACACGGCAACUCCACCCACUACUUCCACAACUCCAUCUCCCUGUCGGGACCAUCACAACGCCCGCAACGGCGAUCACCACCGCCGGCGGACAGAAUCUCGACGCCUCGACACCGUCGCCAUGGCCGUCCACCAACAUCACCACCACCACCACCACCACCACCACCACCACCACCACCACCACAGGCAUCAUUACUGUCCCAACCCCCGCGACGACGUGGACUACGGCUAUCAUCCCAGCCACUCCCGCCAUUGGUGACAGCACCCCAAACAAUCUACCAACCACCAACAAUGCGAUCUCCCUCCGAACCAGUCAUCAUUGCAAUCGCACCUUCGCGUCUCAUAUAGACUCGGUCGGUCACUUGACAAUCCCUCGCACUGAGACCAACGAACCGGCGCCUGGAGCCUCAACAUAA